UUGAUUGUCCAAGAUCUAAAGUCAGGGGUUCAACACAGAGAGGGCAGCAAUGGAAGGUGCGGUUAAGUUGCAGAGGCAGCUAGUUGAUUAUACCGCCUCCCUAUUUCAAGAGGGCUAUCUAGAUGAACAAUUUAUCCAGCUCCAGCAACUUCAGGAUGAAAGCAACCCACAGUUUGUAGUAGAAGUGGUAUCUCUCUUCUUUGAAGAAGCUGAGAGGCUGCUUGAUGAACUGGCAAAGGGACUAAGCCAGGAAAACACUGAUUUUAAAAGACUGGAUGCCCAAGUUCACCAGUUGAAAGGCAGUAGCUCCAGCAUUGGAGCACAGCGAGUUGGGAGAAUUUGCAUUACUUUCAGAAACUACUGCGAGAUGCAGAACGUAGAAGGGUGUCUGAACUGCUUGCAACAAGCAAAACAAGAGUAUUCCUCGGUGAAGGGCAGGCUUGAGACUCUGUUCAAGAUGCAGCAGCGACUUUCAGCCACCGGCGGAUCGGUUUCUACACCUUGAAACUGACGAAUGGUCACUGUGAGUACCCAGGACAAGUCCCGCCCCUUCUGUUUUUCAUUUUCUCCUUUGGUUCCCCUUGA